AUGUUUUCCACUCAGCCUGAUGAAGGUCCGGAGACCAUGGGAAAUAGCCAAGGUCAAAACACCGAGAAGGACGAGACACGAAACGAAUGGCCCCAGGGAGAAUCCAGCGCCGAGUCCGAGUCGGACGAAAAGAAGAGGACAAUACGUGGCUUCCGCUGGGUCCUCGUCUGCGUCUCGCUGUACGUUACGUGCUUCCUGUACGGCCUCGAUACCACCAUCGCCGCAGAUGUCCAGGGCCUUGUGACAGAGGCUUUCGGCCAGGUCGACCAGCUCGCCUGGAUCGGGGCAGGAUUCCCGCUGGGAUCCGUCUGUGUCAUUCUGCUGCUGGGCACGCUCUACAACUCCUUCAAUAUCAAAUGGGUCUCCAUUGCAACCGUGGUGCUCUUUGAGGCCGGCUCGGCUCUCUGUGGCGGCGCUCCGAACGUGAACGCACUCAUAGUCGGUCGUGUCAUCGCCGGCGCCGGCGGCAGCGGAAUCUACCUUGGGUCACUGCAGUACUAUGUAGUCAUGACCGAGGAGAAGGAGCGCGGCUUCUACAUGUCCCUCAUUGGCGGCGCGUUUUCAGAUUCGGCAGCAACCUGGAGAUGGGCCUUCUAUAUCAACCUCGUCAUCGGCGCCAUCUCGGCUCCAGCUUUCCUCUUCUACCUCCCAUCGAUCCACCCAGUGCAGGGUCUUAGCAUCCGUGCCCGUCUAGCCCCUAUUGACUUUCUCGGCUUGCUCCUCGGUGCCGGAGUCUGGGUUAGCUUCCUCCUGGCUUUCACCGUGGCCGGUGGUCAGUGGCCGUGGGCCGAUGGGCGUACCAUCGCUAUUUUCGUUGUGUUCGGGGUGCUUCUCAUCACCUAUGUCUUGCAACAGUAUUUCGCCAUCUUUACAACACCGUCCCGCCGCGCAUUUCCGGGUCACCUGCUGCGCGAUCGGACACAAGUCCUUUUGUACGUGGUGGCAGCAGCCGGCACCACGACACUGUUCGUCGUCGUCUACUACCUCCCAAUCUACUUCCAGUUCGUCAACAACGACGAGGCUCUGAUGGCAGCCGUGCGUCUCCUGCUAUUUGUAGUCAUCGCCGUCACAGUCAAUCUCGUCUCGGGUUCUUGUGUAUGA